CGAGUUCAUCGUGGGUGGGCUGCAAGUGAGCACAACGUGUGUGUGGUCCAGGCGUUGUUCGUAUGCUGGAUGUGGCUGUCGCUAACGUAGAAGAUGCAAGACGCGCCGCUUUUUGUUCGAGCGAAACGGAGAGGAGCUUUCUCCGUGACAGACUAUAGUUACUUGGAAAAUAAUUUUGGCAGUAGCUGGAAGUAUGGCGAUGGUUGGAAAAAUAAAGGGGAGGAAGUGAGAGAGAGGAUUUUGGGGUUGGGACCUGCUAUAGUGGGAUUCGUUAAUAAGGCAUUCUAGUAGCAGGUCCGUACCUUAGACGCGGGUAAUGUGGUAGGGAUGGACAAGAACGUUAUAUAGGAAUAGGAAGGUUCAUCGAGCACUAGCGAGAAAGCCGGUCUCGAUAUUGUGCGCUGUCUAGUGGCGACAAGCGUAGGAGUAAGCCGCCACAUAAUUGGUCUUUAGUUAUGACGCUUCAGUUGAUAUGUUGCUUUCUAAUUUUGCAUCGAGUAUCAUCAGAAUUAACGCACAGUUUCGCCGCAAAUUCCAAUGGUGAAAAUGAAACAUGGAAAAGUGUGGACUUGAGUCCCAGGCACAUGAUCAAAGAUUCCAGUUACCUGCUGGACAGGUACCCUAUAAGAGAAUUACCAUCUGAUUCUUUGAAUUGCCGUAGACCUGCAAAAUGUGUAGAAAUGCAAAGAAGUACUUGUAUGGGUACAAGAUUACCAUAUACUACUACUACAUUGGAUCUUAUACCUGAACAUAUAACUCAAGAUAUUAUAGAGGAAAAAUUACAUGUCUUACAAGCAUUAAGGCAUAUGCCAAAGUGUUGGGCAGUUGUCCAGCCCCUUUUGUGUUCAAUAUUCAUGCCAAAAUGUAUCAAUGAUACAGUAGAAUUACCAUCUCAGGAGAUGUGCAAAAUGGUUUCAGGACCUUGCAGAAUUAUUUUUAAUCAUACCAUAUGGCCAAGCUUUAUUAAAUGUGAAGACACAGAAUUAUUUCCUAAAUUAUGUAAAAAUGAUAUCAGGGAAUUGAAAUUUAAUAUUUCUGGCAAGUGUCUGAAACCUUUGGUUCCAACUGAUAAUGCACUUGCAAUUUUUGAAGGAGUUGAGAGUUGUGGAACACAGUGUAGUGACCCACUUUUUACACCAGAUGAACACAAACAAAUUCAUUCUUUUAUUGCUUGGGCUGCAGGAAUUUGUGGUUCAUUCAAUUUAUUUACAGUUGUAACUUUUCUAAUUGAUUGGAGAAGUGCAAAUAAAUAUCCAGCUUUGGUUAUAUUCUAUAUCAACUGUUGUUUUAUGAUGUCCUGCAUUGGUUGGCUCGUUCAGUUUACACCAGGAAGCAGAGAAGUGAUUGUGUGCCGGAAAGAUGGAACAUUAAGAAUGAGUGAACCAAGUGGAGAAAACUUAUCAUGUGUCGUAGUGUUUGUCCUUGUGUAUUAUUCACUUAUGGCAGCUAUGGUAUGGUUUGUCAUCCUUACAUAUGCUUGGCAUAUGAGUUUCCAAGCAUUAGGCAAAAUCCAAGACAGAAUUGACAAGAAGGGUGCUUAUUUUCAUUUAAUUGCUUGGUGUUUUCCACUUGUUCUCACUGUCACCAUUAUGGCAUUAGGGGAAAUAGAUGGAAAUAGUGUUACUGGCAUUUGUUUUGUGGGUUAUGCUAAUCAUGCAGUCAGAUCUUGGUUUUUACUUGGACCUGUACUAAUUGUUUUACUAGUUGGAGGAUAUUUUUUAUCCAGAGGAUUAAUUACUUUGAUUCGGCUAAAAAUAAGUAGUCAAGAAAUUAUAUCCGAGAGAGCAAGUGCUAAAAUACGGGAAACCAUCGUGCGCAUGGGUUUAUUUUCGAUUUUCACAUUUGCUGCAGUUGUUGUAACUUUUUAUUGUCACAUUUAUGAAUUCCAACAUUCUUGGGAAUGGCGUCAAAGUUUCAGAAAUUACAUGAUAUGUGCAAUAACAACAAAAUAUUUGGAUAUUUCCGAAUGUAAAAUGGAGAUUCGACCGAGUGCUGCAAAGAUGCAGUUACAUUUACUUUCUCCAUUCUUUGCCGGUAUUUUAAUGUCUUCUUGGGUUUGGACUGGUUCAACAGUAGACACCUGGACUAGAUUUCUUAGGAGAACUUUUAAUUGUGAGACGGAAGAACCUAUCAGAUUAAAGAAACACAAAGUUAUUGCUCAAGCAUUUGCAAAACGGAAGACAUUCAACAAUGCUGGAAGACUGUCAAUUAGUUUUCAUAAUACACAUGAGGAUCCUGUUGGUUUGAAUUUUGAUCUGAACUCUGUAGCUUCUCAAGACUUCAGCUCGACUUGGGCUGCUGCUUUGCCAAAACUAGUUACACGUAGAGGUGCACUUGUAGGUGGCACUACAGGUUCUGUGUCGAGUAACAGAAGAAACUCCGUGGACUCUGAGAUUAGUUUUAGUGUACGUCGGGUAUCUGUGGAGUCUAGAAGAAACUCGUUGGACUCCCAGAUAUCUGUUCAAAUAGCCGAACUAAAAACAACGCGAAAAGUUGCGAGCAGCUCACGUGGCCGUCGCGGAAAGCGACGACGAGAUUUCGGAAAGUCAAGAUCUGGCAAAGUGGGACCAUUAUUUAGAAGGGGUAGUACGACAUCGCAAGAAAGUCAGCUUGGUGCUCAAAUAUUGUCCGCAUUAACCAUCGGCGGCAAUUCGAGAGUACCGCCGGUUCAAGUGCCUAAUAUGAAGAGGCGGUCAGCAAGUGCUGGUUUAGAUGAACGCACUCUGAAUUCUAAACUGUUCGAUGGAAAGAAUGCAGGCAUGCUUUUACCGUUCUUAUUUCCGGGACAGAGUGGUAGCGACGAAAAUUUAAGCAGUGAGGAGAAACGGCAUCAAGGAAUGUCGGGAAAGGAUGUGGAUAUUGAAGCUGGCAACGCAGAGAAAGAUGAUCACGAUAGCGAUAGCGAAGACAGUCAACCAGAAGAGGAAACAAAAAUGCUAGAUCCUGAAGAACCGCAGGAGCGCAGCAAGAGCAAAAGUAGUAAUAAAAGUUCCAAAAGUUAUGGCCAUGAAAGUGACAGAAGGAGCAGGGAAGGUCGAAGAAGCAAAUAUUUAUUGCAGGAUGAAACCAUUUUGAAACAUCUUUUCCAAGAGUCCAGUGACAUAAAAUUAAAAAGUGAUGCAGAAAUAAAAGAAAUAUAUCGGAAAGCAGGAAUAGGUAAUCUGGCGUCUAGUCUUACCUCGUGUUGCCCUGAAUUAACCAGGCUUAUGCAAUGCGAAGGUCAAAACACUAAUGCUCGAGAAAUGGCAACACAAACUUCUUUACCAUUAGAUAUUCUUGAAAUGGAAGAAUUGAAACAAAGUAUAGACGAAAUUAUCAACAGCCGACACUGCAGUUCGAAAGGGACGCAAAUUUCACCGCAGCUAAAUAAGAAUAAAAAUAUCACUACGUAACUACUACAAGACAUCAUUAGCGGUAAUGAGGCAUAUGUGGUAACGAGGCAUAUGUUGUUUAGUUUUUUAUACCAUCAACUAGCAUUAGUAAUCGAAAAAAAAUUAGUUCUCAUGUAAAUUUAUACAUAUACAUAUAUUGUGGUUAUCGCUCAUUCUCUCGACUUCUGUUUUGAGAGUGUGACUGCAUCAAAGUAAAUGUAAUGGAUUCUUUAAUUACUUAAGGUUACAGUAUUUCUUGAAAAAGGAAGCGGACGUAAUAGUGCCAAAAUUACACUUAAUUUUUCGUAUUAUUUGUAACUAGGUGUAGAUUUAAUAGGGCAAUAGCGUUUGAUUGUAUAUAGUAUUUUAGAGUAACUUAGGUAUAACAAUGCAUUUACUUUUACACUUUUUAUUAUCAAUGAGACUGUGGUAAAAUUUCACUAUCGUAAAAAAUAAUUCAAUUUACGAUAAGUAUAAAUGUAUUAUAAACAUAAUUUCUUUUUAUACGGUACAAUCUAAAAUCUAUUUUUAAUAUUGCUCUAUCGAUUACAGUAUUUGUAAAAUAUUUAUCCUAUUGUACUUAGAGUACGUACAACUUGUUUUUUUAUACAUAUACGCAUAACUUCAUUUUAGAAUCUCGAAUUUACAUUAUCAUUUACCGCGCGUUUUUCGAAAGCUACUCGUUAGUUUAUAUUUUAAAUGUAGUAUUCGAAUAUAUUCUAAUGUAGCUAAAUAAUCUAACAUCGAUAACAAAUACAUUAAACUCAUUCUUUGAUCAUUGUAUCGUAAACUGAUGAGUAUAUAAAUGGAAUAAUAUUU